AUGCAGAUAUUUCCAGGUGAUUUUUCCUUCGUGAACACCAUUUCUCAAUGCAACUCGAGAUCGAUCCGUCACGAAAUGGCUGCAUUUCUGUGUCGCAACUGUGCUUCUUUAUUUAGUAAAGGAGGCUUGAAGUAUGAAGUUCUGAAUCGUUUUCCAACCUCACUUGGAGAUAUUUCACCGAUAUAUAUUCCAUGCGUAGGAUAUGCAAAGAAAGCAGCCAAAGGAGGUGCCAAGGGUGCUAAAGCUGAGCGUCUGUACGACAUCCUUGAAGUGAACACGGACCCCAAGUACCUUGCCACUCAUUGUGCAGGCUCAAAUUUUUUUAAGGAAGGCACAGAUGUCAAGCUGAAAGCAGAUGAGGAAUACCCAGAUUGGUUGUGGUCUUUGAACACUGGAAAGGCCAAGCCUCUGGACGAAUUGGAUCAAGAUACCCCACAGUAUUGGAGGAGAUUGAGGAAGAUGCAUAUGAAAAGGAACAAUAGACUUGCCAAAGGAAAGAAGUUCUAGGACCUUGUCAACUUCUGCGCCCAUUGUUUUGAGACUCUGUAACUGAAUUACUGAACCAUGAUGUACGAAAGGCUCUGUUAUCGUUGACAAUGAUUCGGGAAGUUCCAAAGAUCUGUGGAGAACCAGGCCAGUCGUAGUGGGUCUUUCAAAAACUUCUAAAGUUUGACCCUUCUACUUUCCUGCUUUGUAUUGUAACACACAUAAUGUUCAUCUUUCCCCCUAAACUUAGAUUCAUAUGUGUGACUGACUCACGAAGGUGGAUUCGUUCAUCUGCCCAUGUAGGAUAUUAGGUCACUGUCUAUUCACCAUUAUUUUUAGUGUGUGAUGAUAUGAAAAUACAUGAAUUUUUAUUUUAAAUUGUAUGUAGUCAUCAAUCAUCAAUGAUGAAGAAUCAUGGUCAAAAGAUUUUAUGAUUUUUUUUAUAUAAGUCCCAGCAUUCUGAAAAUGAAUUUAUCGUCUAUAUAUCACUUUCCAAUAUUUUGAUAAAAACAACUGAAGGUGAACGUGUAAUUUCCUAUUAAAGUGUGUGUAUGGACAAGCACAAAAGUCAGUAGUGCAAAUUUAAGCUAAUUGCAUAUCUCAUUUCAGAUCAAUAUGCCGAGUGAAACAAGAUGAGAGAACAAUUUUCAGAAUACUGGCCUGGGGUACAUACGAUGGCCAAAGAUACUACAAUGGGAAGAUCGGACAGUACAUAGAGCGCGCAAUGAAAUGCUUUGGAAAAGUGCCCUACAGCUUUUUUUACCUUUGCGUAUCGCGAUCUAGUUGUGUACAAAACAUACGAGAGAAAUGGUGAAGGGACGAUACAAUUUUUUACAUUUAAAAUUUUUUUAUUCAAAUUUUUUUAUAUUAAAGAUGAAUAUAUUUCAGAGGUUUCUGGGUAAUAAAAGGUGGAAUUAUUCCCAUGCGCUGCCCUUGUGCCCUCUCCAAAAUCCCCUCUCUCAUUUUCCUCAUAUGUUUAAUACACAGCAGUGUGCUGAUGUGCAAUGGCUUACUUCCUCAACGCUAGUGGGCGCCCUUCCCCAUGGGCAUUUAUCGAGCGUUUAAAAAAAAAUCGCCAAAGUGUCCGAUCUUCCCCUUGUAGUAUCUUUGUGAUGGCAUGAAAGCGUUGACACUAAACUUAGGCACUUGAAAAGUCAGAAUGUCAAUCACGAAUGCCUCUUUUUGUUGGUUGAGGUUGCACUUGAGAUGUGCAUCUUGUUCAGCAUUUUCACACAAUCAUUAUUACUACCAUGUUGAACAUGUUUUUUUUUUACUAUCCUCCUUUGACGUGUUUAGGGGGCGUGUGUGGGGAGCAGGGAGGCAUUAGUCCAGAUUGGAAGUCGAUGUAUGGAAGCUCUUUUUCCCAAAGCCAACACAGAGGUCCUUGUGACUCCAAAUCCCUAACCAAGUGCCAAUCCCCUAUCUUUUUUGCACUUGGUUAUUGGUAACCAGGAGGCCCUCUAUGUUAGCUUUGGGAAAGAGAGAGCUCUUCUAUACAUCAACAUCCAACCUGGACUAGGGGGACAUGUGCCCCAGCCCCCAGGCUGUUCAAGGUGGUGGGGGAGGGGAAGAAAGUAAAGGCAAAUGUUUUUUUUUAUUGGGGUAUUGAAGAAAAAAAAAAUUCGGGGUUCAGUCGUUAAGAGGGGCACAAUUUUGUUUGUUCUUUUGGGAACAGAUGUUGGAAUCUUGCAAUGACAGUUACAUUGUAAGUACUUUCCCUGAAGCAUGGACACCACUUUUCCGUCAUGCCAGUGUAUACAUUUCAAUUUUUUUUCAAUUAUCAAUUCAGAAGUAUACAUACAUGUACAUUGUAUAAUGCCUUUGUAUGAUAAAUACAUGUUACCUUCCUUUAAUGUGAAUAGGGUGUAUUUGGAAGUCUCGUGAGUCUCUGUACUAGUUCAUCCUCUGUUCUCCCAUUUCAAGCACCUUUUUAGAUUCUAUACUGGUAUUACUUUGCCUUUGGGAAGUGGUUAUGCUGAAAACCUAGGAGUGAUGUGUAUAUUAUACACCAUAGGCAGCACCCCUGGAAAUCAGGUUUGGUAUGCUAAAUGUAGAAAUUCUACUAAUUUUUUUUUUGCUUGUUAAAAUUUUCUGACCAAAAUGACUAUUUUGGAGUUUCUUUUUUUUGCCUAGUCUUCCCCCCCCCCCCCAAACCGACAACAUCUCUUUAAAAAUCGUUCCCAGGCCAAUGGGAUUUCCUGGAUUUUCCUUGGAUUAAAUGUUAAUUCAAAGAAGAAAUAUUACAGUAUUUAAAGCAGGUGAAAAUCUUCCAGCUUUUCUAGUUUGUUGAAUGAUCAGUGAGUGCAAAUGGACGAUUGCACUGUGUGUUCUUGCAAUAAAUUUGAGAUUUACAUGUACUGUA